AACGGAACAAACCAUCACAUCACUCCCACUCCACCACAUCUACCCAUUAAUUAACACAUCCCAUUUGAUUCCAAAAAUCACCGAGAAAAGCAUGGAGCUAACAGCACAACAGCUCAAGGCAUACGACGGCACAGAUCCAUCAAAGCCAAUCUACGUGGCAAUCAAAGGCCGUAUCUUUGACGUCACCACCGGCAAUUCCUUCUAUGGUCCCGGCGGCGCCUACUGUAUGUUCGCCGGAAAAGAUGCAAGCAGAGCACUCGCAAAGAUGAGUAAGAAUGAAGAGGACGUUACCCCGUCACUCGAUGGCCUUUCUGAGAAAGAAAUGGGGGUUCUCAAUGAUUGGGAGAAGAAAUUCGAAGCUAAGUACCCAAUCGUUGGAACUGUUAUUUCUUAAUCUAAAUCAAGUGGGUUUGGGGAUCUGGAGCUUUUGAUGCAAUUAUGAAUAAAUAUAGGGUUUCCUUAGGAUGGUAUUGCGUAUUUCUCAUGGGUCUGUUUGUGUAAUAGACAAAAUUAACUUGUGACUUUUGUGCAAUUACGAAUAAAUCUAAGGCUUUACUCUCGUUUUUCUUGUGGGUCUGUUUGUGUAUGAUUGAUGUAUAUGCUGUUUGGGAUUUGGAAAGUGGGAUGCACAGUUUUGUAGCAAUUCGUAUCUGAAUUGCAACUGAUUUAGCACGCGGUACAACAGUGUUUUGCGCUGAUGAAAAGACCGUUUAGUGGUGGCAUGGGUUCUAUAGGACGUGUGCUUUCCCUUACUUUCUUUAA